ACCCCACUUGCUUUUCUUGCCUGUAAAGUUGCCUUCUCAACGAGAGCCCCUCCUCGCCCAUACCACCAAGUGACUUCUUCCCCUCCCACCCGCUAUUUGUACUCAUCCCUCGGCUUCUCUGCCUCUUCUUCCUCUUCAACUAUACCAAUUAUACCCAAUUCCUUCUUUUCCCCAUCACUUCGAUACCCUUACACAACUAUGUCUUCCGGACAGUCCUUCACUCUUAGCAACGGCGUCAAGAUCCCCGGCGUCGGUUUCGGUACCUUCGCCAACGAGGGUGCCACUGGUGAGACCUACAAGGCUGUCACCUGUGCUCUCAACACCGGAUACCGUCACCUCGACUGUGCCUGGUACUACCUGAACGAGGGUGAGGUUGGUGAUGCCGUCAAGGACUUCCUCGCUGCCAACCCCUCCGUCAAGCGUGAGGACAUCUUCAUCUGCACCAAGGUCUGGAACCACCUCCACCGCCCCGAGGACGUGCAGUGGUCCAUUGAGAGCUCCCUCAAGAAGCUCAAGGUCGACUACAUUGACCUCUUCCUCGUUCACUGGCCCAUUGCUGCCGAGAAGGAGACUCAGGAGAAGCCCAAGAUUGGCCCUGAUGGAAAGUACGUGAUCCUCAAGGAUCUCACUGAGAACCCCGAGCCCACCUGGAGGGCCAUGGAGAAGAUCUACAAGGAGGGCAAGGCCAAGGCGAUCGGUGUCUCCAACUGGACCAUCGAGGGUCUGGAGAAGCUCCUCGAGUACGCCGAGGUCAAGCCUCACGUCAACCAGAUCGAGAUCCACCCCUUCCUGCCCAACCAGGAGCUCGUUGACUACUGCUUCAAGAACGACAUCCUGCCCGAGGCCUACUCUCCCCUGGGCUCCCAGAACCAGGUCCCCACGACGGGUGAGAAGGUCAGCGAGAACCAGACGCUGAACGACAUCGCCAAGAAGGGCGGCUACACUCUGGCGCAGGUGCUCAUCGCCUGGGGUCUGCGUCGUGGCUACGUUGUGCUCCCCAAGAGCUCCAACCCCGCCCGUAUCGAGUCCAACUUCAAGAGCAUCCAGCUCACGGAUGAGGAGUACGAGGCCGUCAACAAGGUGGCCGAGGGUCGUCACUUCCGCUUCGUCAACAUGAAGGACACCUUUGGCUACGACGUGUGGCCCGAGGAGACCGCCAAGAACCUGUCCGCUUAGAUGAUGAUAGAGAGCGAUUUUUGAUUUAUGCAGGCCAUAAACCAGUAAAAUUGGACCGAAUGAGCUUAUGAGUGGAUGGACGAAUUGAGAUGAAAUGUGUAUCUAGCAAUCAAAGCAAAAACAGAUUACACCACAAUACAAUACGUAUAGAAAGCAAU